GCCCCCUCUUUCUAACACGCUGUCCGGCUAGUGCUAAGCUAAAGAGUCACAGCUCCAAUCGAAUAUAAAUAACAAUAAUAAUAACUUCCUCUCACUUUAUUGAUGAAAACAUAAUAUCACAUGUGGGACUACAAGUUCCGGUCUGCCUUGUGAUACACGUCAUCACCGUGCGACCUCUGUUUAUGUUACUCAACACGAAUGUGGAGGUUAGCUAACGCCGGUGUUUGCUCCACUGAAGUCAGAGGUUAGCGGCUAAAGCUAGCUCGUCUCUGUGUUUCCAGAUGUUUUCCACAGUUAGAACGUGUUUGGCGUCGCGUUUAUCCGCUUUAUCCAGUUUAAAUCCAGCGGCGGUGAGACCGACGUGCGUCCCCUGCAGACAUCAUCUCCACCGGUCCUUCAGCUCUGAGUCCUCCGCUGCUGCUGUCAGGGUGCUGUAUGAUGGACUCUGUCCCAUAUGUGUGACAGAGAUCCGGUUCCUCCAGUUUCUGCAGAGAAAACAGCCUCAGAAAGUGGAUUUUGUUAAUAUCGCUCUGCCGGGCUACGAUGGAGGGAAAUAUAAGGACGUCAGCUACGAGAUGGCCAUGGAGGAAAUGCAUGUGAUUGAUGAGAAAGAUGAGGUUUAUCGUGGGAUCCCGGCAUUUGCGGUCAUGUACGGUGCCGUGGGCCUCGGUUGGUUGGGUCGCUUCAUGAUGUGGCCAGGUGUUCGGCCGUUUAUGGACAAAUCCUACGUCAUUUUUGCCAAGAAUCGCCUGAAGUGGACCGGACGUGGGGAGGAGUGCACCUCGGGACACUGUGAAAAGAAAACACCCUAACCCUCGACCAUAGGGAAAAAUACUUUGUUAGAUAAGUUAUUUAAUAGUUAAGAACAACUGGAUAAAGCUCACGUUUCUCCAAUUUAUCCAUUGGUAAAAGUUUCAAGAUGCUGCUGAAGGGAAAUAUCGACUGAUGUAUUAAAUUUGUACUUUAAACUGUGGAGCUUUUGUUUAUUUCUGAAUCUCGUUUUGCUUUUAAUAACGUUUCUCGGACUUUAUAUUCUUCAUUUAGUUCAGUUAAAACAGUUAAUCUAAACAGUCAAUUAAAAAAAAAUAACGAGAGAAAGGUUCUCUGCAAUAAUUGACUUUAAAUGAAAUUGUCUGCAAUAAAUACAGAAGUGAGACUGAAUACAACAACAGCAAAAUACAGCCUGUUUCCUUUUGUUCUUUAAAAGCAGACUUGGGAAUCAGCCAGUAGAUGGCACUGUAGGUCUAAAAUAUUAUCUAUAAAAGUGUUCAGUGAAUUCUUUCCUAUAGAUCUGAGUGAAAUCUAUAUUCAGAUUUUCUGACGAAUAAAGGAGACCUAACUAACUCAAAGUGACUGGAUUAGCAUGAAGUGUUUAAUCUGAAUGAGUGUAAACAUUUCUUUGAGCUGGACGGACAGAUUGACACGUGUCUGGUGUGAGUAUGUUUCACCAACUAUUCACUGCAUUACAGAACAGUAUGUGCUCGUGAAAGCUUAUGAGCUGUGGCUAUGGGACACCAAUGUUUACAAAAAACUGUGAGAAAUAACACCUUUCAGGUUUAUUCACAAUCUUUUACAUUAGUUACUUCUCCGGCCACAAACUUUGGGGAAUAAAAAAAAUUUAAGCCUGUAAAUGUACUUUGUAUACACAAGUCUAUAUAUACUUAUCAAUAAAGUACUUUUUGGAAA